AUGGGCUUCAUAUUUCAUGAGACGAUCGGAGGAACAGCCCCGCCACGCGGAGCGCCUGUAAAGUUCGUUUUUGGAGUUGGAAGAGAGGUGAAGGGAGGACGAAGAACAAGGCCGCCAGAGACCAAGGCCACUAUCAAGGUGAAGGCCGUAGUCACUACUACUAUGGCCUGGAUUGUGCGACAGAGGGGUUGGAUGAGGCGGAAUGAUUGGUCCAACGCUGUCAGUAGUGGUCUUAUCGGGCGCCAUGAUCUAAAAAUGUGCCGACAGCCGUCCGAUCACGUCAACGCUGGAUAUGUUCAAGGUUUCGCACUCGAGCUCGACGCAAACAUCUACAGUGGAUCCACUGCCCUCCCGAUUGGUCCCACGACGAAGUCGCAUCACCUCUUGGACUGUGCUUUCGAGCAAUUCGAACAGAAAAUGCUUACAUGGACCUACAUCGCUUUUUCCACACCAGAUGGCAACGAUGCAGACAAUGAUACCGAGGCACGCUCUUCACUCGAGUGUGCACGUCCUCCUCCUCUUCCCCUUCCUUCUUCUUUCAAGACAGAAGCAAUGUUCCACCCGACAAAUGUGCCAACAUACUCCAUUCUUCGGUUCGACAAGGGCAGAAACGAGAGCUUACACAUGAAUUGUGACGAAGCCGUAGAGUCGCUAGCCUUGGCAUGGUUACUUCGAUCUGGUUGGGGUCAAGCCUACCUUUGCAUUGUGUUUUUAUCGUAUCGGAGUCAACAUGCUUCUCUUGCGGAUACGUCAAUACUAGGAGGAAUGGCUCUGCCGCGGAGCGCGUGUACAGUCCGUGUUAACAUUGCCUCAUGCAACGACGACCAGAGCGAAGACCAAGGCGGAGGAUCCCAGCAGAGGCCCAAUUUGUCUAGAAGCUGGCGGACUACUUCAAUGCUGAGAUCGUGCUUGGGACCCUCCGGAAUUGUGACGAAACCACUUAAUGGCUUGGCUACAUUUACCCCUUUAUUCGCAUCGAAGCGGGCUGGAGAGUCGAAGACGCUGAUGCAGAGGCUGAAUCCGGAUCGAAGCCAAAAGGCGGGGUUUGUCCUCGUCGCUGACCUGGUCUUUGUGCAGCAAUCCGUGGGCGGUGUGUACUGA